GGAUGACGUCAACGCGUCGCUUGAGCCAGUUCGCCUGCGCAGAUUAACCAGGAAGCGCAAUGGCAGUUUGAAACAACAACACAAAACACUUAAGCUAUGUAUUGGAAGAAAGGAGAAUAACAACAGGUUUGAUUGCCUCCAGUCCCAGUCCCAGCCAUGGUGCGCUGCCAGUCCUGCCCCAAGCUGUGCUCCCGCUCGUCAGCUUACACACUGGCCCUUGGCCUGGGCUUUGUAACCUUGGGGACCAGUCGUGUAGUGCUGCUCAAAUUCUCUGCCAAUGCUGAGAACAAAUAUGACUUCCUCCCUGCAUCGGUCAACCUACUUGCUGAGGCACUCAAACUGCUCUUCUGUCUGGUUAUGUCAGUCAGGGUCGUAGUCCGAGAGGGACGAUCAUGCAGAGAACUUGGCUGUUCUUCCAGCGCUUCGUUCCUCAGUUCCCUGAAGUGGGCUGUGCCUGCUUUCCUCUACUUUCUCGACAACCUCAUCAUCUUCUAUGUGAUGGUUUACCUGCAACCUGCCAUGGCAGUGUUGUUCUCCAACUUUGUUAUCCUGACCACUGCUGUACUCUUCAGGAUUGUUCUGAAGAGGCGCCUGUCCUGGGUUCAGUGGGCAGCAUUAGUUGUCCUCUUCCUGUCUAUCGUUUCCUUGACGACAGGAUCAGGGGGAAGCCAGAAAGCCCUAGCUGUACCAGGUCUCCACUCAAACCCCCUCUCUACCCCUUCCAACUCUUGCGUACUCUACACACAGCUGCUGGAGCAGAUGAGGAACAGCAGCGAAUCAUGGGCAUCGUCCCUGUCUAGACCGGCCUGGAGGGACAGGUUAGUGGGGAAGCUUCAGUCGCUGGGUGUUGGUCACAUCCUGCUACUCCUUCAAUGCUUCAUCGCCGCCAUGGCCAACAUCUACAAUGAGAAGAUCCUCAAAGAAGGAGACCAGCUCACUGAGAGCAUCUUCAUCCAGAACAGUAAAUUGUAUGCCUAUGGAGUGGUGUUUAAUGGUCUGACCCUUGGGCUCAGCAGUGAGGCCAGAGGGCUUGCCAUGCACUGUGGCCUCCUCCAUGGACAUAACAUCUACUCCCUGGGUCUGAUGGUGGUGACUGCGGCCCUGGGUUUAUCUGUGGCCUUCAUCUUGAAAUUCAGAGACAACAUGUUCCAUGUGCUGACAGGCCAGAUCACCACAGUUAUGGUUACAUCACUCUCCUUCUUCUUCUUUGACUUCCACCCUUCGCUGGACUUCUUCCUGCAGGCUCCCAUGGUCCUACUGGCCAUCUUUAUCUACAAUGCCAGUCGGCCAAAGGACCUGGAGUACAGCCUGCAGCAGGAAAAACUGCGGGUCAUCAAUGGAGAGGUUUUCGAGCGGUCCAGAGGGGACGGCGAGGAGCUGGAGCUCCUAACAAAGACCAACACAGACAGUGAAUCUGAGGAGGAGUCUUUGUAGCAUUGACUUCCCCAUUGGACAGAAGAGUUUUUCUUCACUGCCUUUAUAUUCCUAUUAAUCAUAGACCUGUGGUCUUGGACAUAGCAUGGUUGCAGAUUCUUUCAAACCAUUUACUUGAAUGAUGUUCAGCAAGUGAGCUAUGAAUGACAGAGAUGAGAUUGUGUCCUGAACUCUGUCAGACUCUUGUGGUAACUAAGGCUAUUGUGUAUAUUUUGAAAUGUGCCUGUCCGUGUAUAAGCGCUGACAAAAAACACCAGACAAACAUAAUUUGAAGGGAAAUCAUUUUUACCAUAUUUGCCCUUUUGGAUCAAUGAGGGAUUAUGUUGUUGAUAGUUUACUCCCUUAAAUGAUUUCUGUUGUUUUUACUGCUAUUUGACUACUUGCAGUUGAUUUACUGUUUAAGUUGAAUGACCAGCAGCCACAUUUCAGACAGUUUUAUGAUUGUAAGGCUUUAUGCUAUUUGUAUUUGUUGUUGAAACUGUGAAAGGAGUAUUUAUUAAACAAUGGUCAAAUUUAAAAGGUUGAAGACUUAAGCACAGUACAGCACAAAUUCACCAGCCGUAGCUUAAAAGAUUUCCAGAAAUGUAAACACAUCAGGACAGUUGUUUCAAAUCCAGUACAGGGCUUUCUAUUUUUUUUUGGAUCAAACAGUGUAUUACUUAAACAUGAACCAUAGUAUGAGCUUUAACAUAAUAGACCAGUUAGUAUGCGUGACUUUCUGAAAGCACAACAAACAGGGUCUUGGUUUUCUACUUGGCCCUGAACCUUUUUAGAUUUUUGAUUUUUGUUUACCUUUUUUAGUAUUGAUGUAUUACACCUGUGAAAUAAUAUUAUUUUCUUUUUCUUAUGAUUUUUGCUUGUGCCGUGAAUUUCUAUCAUGUCUGACUGUUGUUCUGAAAUAAAUGCAAAUAAACUGCUUUAAUUUUGUC